ACUUUUAAUUUUCCUGCCCUAAUUCGUCACAUUACUGACAAUGAGUCAAGAAUGAGGACAAGAUGCCCGUCGGAAGGUUCAGGUUGAUCGUGCCGGCGGCGGUGGCUAAGCCCUCGCCCUCAAUUGGCCAAACUUUGGGCCCUUUGGGAAUAAACAUGUCGGCGUUUUGCAAAAAGUUCAACGAGAGGACGUCUGCCAUCAGGCCAAAUGUGCCCAUUCAGGUCAGGAUCUACACGCAGCCAGACAACACCUACAAGUUUUCGCUGCGAACCCCCGGUUCCCAGUGGUUCCUAAGGAGAAUUGCGAGGGUCCCGCUGGGCAGCGCGAGGGCAAAACACGAAAUCGUCGGCAACGUUACCCUCAAGGAGGUCUACCACAUCGCAAAAUGCAAAUCCAUGGACCCAACGCUCAUUGGAGUGCCACUGUACGUCAUUUGCAAGAGGAUAAUCGGCACAGCGAAUGCCAUGGGCAUCAAGGUGACCAGAGACCUACUCCCAGAAUUCAGGAAGAGAGACUACACGCCAGUCUCCAAGCUAGACCAGAUGAAGAAGGACAUUAAAGCACAGAGGCGCUCGUCUAAAAGGUCAAAGUGAUGAUCUUCCGGUCCUGCAAGAGGCGGAGCCUCACGGCGGUCUCUGGUCUCUCUCUUCAUUCUCCAUUAAUCGCAAUUUUUCUCCUUUGCCAAUUUAACACCGUAUACUCCA